GGCUGCGGUUGGCGGCAGCGGCGGCGGCGGCGGCGGCGGCGCGGGCGGAGGGCGGCCGGGCGGGACCAGCGGCCGAACGGGACCGGCGCUCGCGGGCGGCCGAGGCGGACCGCCGGCCCGGGGGCCGAGCGCCGAGGGCCGGGCGGGCGCGGCCGGGGCGGCUCGCGGCCAGGGCCGGGGCGGGCGGGCCGGGGGGCGGCGGCGGCGGCGGCGGCGGCGGCGGGGGCGGCCGGCGGGCGGCCGGGGCCGGGACGAUGACUCUGGAGUCCAUGAUGGCGUGUUGCCUGAGCGAUGAGGUGAAGGAGUCCAAGCGGAUCAACGCCGAGAUCGAGAAGCAGCUGCGGCGGGACAAGCGCGACGCCCGGCGCGAGCUCAAGCUGCUGCUGCUCGGCACGGGCGAGAGCGGGAAGAGCACGUUCAUCAAGCAGAUGCGGAUCAUCCACGGCGCUGGCUACUCGGAGGAGGACAAGCGGGGCUUCACCAAGCUGGUGUACCAGAACAUCUUCACCGCCAUGCAGGCCAUGAUCCGGGCCAUGGAGACCCUGAAGAUCCUCUACAAGUACGAGCAGAACAAGGCCAACGCGCUCCUGAUCCGGGAGGUGGACGUGGAGAAGGUGAUGACCUUCGAGCACCGGUACGUGAGCGCCAUCAAGACCCUGUGGAACGACCCUGGCAUCCAGGAGUGCUAUGACCGCCGGCGCGAGUACCAGCUCUCCGACUCUGCCAAGUACUACCUGGCCGACGUGGACCGCAUCGCCACCCCGGGCUACCUGCCCACCCAGCAGGACGUGCUGCGGGUGCGCGUGCCUACCACCGGCAUCAUCGAGUACCCCUUCGACCUGGAAAACAUCAUCUUCAGGAUGGUGGACGUGGGGGGCCAGAGGUCCGAGCGGAGGAAGUGGAUCCACUGCUUUGAGAACGUGACGUCCAUCAUGUUCCUCGUGGCCCUCAGUGAGUACGACCAGGUGCUGGUGGAGUCGGACAACGAGAACCGCAUGGAGGAGAGCAAGGCGCUGUUCCGCACCAUCGUCACCUACCCCUGGUUCCAGAACUCGUCCGUCAUCCUCUUCCUCAACAAGAAGGACCUGCUGGAGGACAAGAUCCUCCACUCCCACCUGGUGGACUACUUCCCCGAGUUCGACGGCCCGCAGCGGGACGCGCAGGCUGCCCGGGAGUUCAUCCUGAAGAUGUUCGUGGACCUGAACCCCGACAGCGACAAGAUCAUCUACUCCCACUUCACGUGCGCCACCGACACGGAGAACAUCCGCUUCGUGUUCGCCGCCGUCAAGGACACCAUCCUGCAGCUGAACCUGAAGGAGUACAACCUGGUGUGAGCCCGGACCCGCCAGCCCGCCGCCCAGGCGGCCCCAGGAGUCGGGGCUUUUCCUAUUUUUAAACAAAUGGUUUUUAUUUCACAGUUAUCAGGGGACGUACAUCUUUCUUCCUACACACCUCGUGCACCUUCUCAUCUUUGUCCGUGGCAGAGGCCGCCUUUUUUGGCCUUAACUUGUGGCUUGCUUUUUUCUAAAAAAAAAAACAAAAACAAAAAACCAAAAAAAAAAAAAAAAAAAAAAAAAGGAAAAAGAAAAAAGAAGAGAA